CGCAAAUGAAUCUAUAUUAGGUUUUACAGAUUUAAUCGUACAGUUAGUUAUUAGUUUAGUUGAGAUAAAGAAACGCUAGAAUAUUAUAUUUUUGAUAAGAGCGCGAGAUUAUUGUAUUGGAAUUAUAAGACCAUUGACAAAACAAAAUUAAGAAACUGUCGAACGUACGAAGGAGAACAAGUUGAGAAAAACAAAUACUUUUAAAGUUAAAAAAGAAAUUAACAGCUAUGAAAAUCAGUUUGGAAUCCUUGUGUGUACUUGUGUUUGUCUGUGUGGUUACAGUUCUAUCAGCACCCGCCAAAAAGAAUGUUGGUUCUGUCCAAAAGCCAUCAUCAUCUUCAUCUUCAUCGAUUCAACAGCAAGAAAAAGAACUUGAAAAACUGGCAAGAUUAGCAGCCCAGAGAUUAUCACAAAGCAUUGGUGUGCAGAAACAGAAAUCUUUUCACUACAGUAAUUUAAAUGGAAAAGAAAACAGUGAAUCGCAAACAGAGGAAAAAGUUGUAAAUCCAGACACUGGUGACCUUGUCAGUGACAUCAAACAAGAUACAAAACAAGAUGGCGACGUGAUUACGGAAACAAAAAUAAAAAUUCCAUCAGAACACAUAGAAAAGUCAUUUUUAGAGACACAACCAGAAAACCUUGGAAGAGUUCCUUUAGAAAAAGAAGACUACAGCGAAGCAUUUCAGUUUACUCCUGUUGAAGUUGCUAAAUACUUAUACCAAACGGGCAAUUUCCAAGAACUAAACCAAGCUUUGUCGGAUCUAGUUAAUGCAUCUAUUAUGACAGAAAAACAAGCCAUUGAAUACAAAGACAACGUUAGAUCUGUAUACAACAAACUUGUCCAGACAUCAAUGCUUUCUGAUUCUAAUGAGGUUCCUUUAUACAACACUGGGUACGAAUCACCAGACAACAUGCUUCCAACCGAGGUACUACCUGCUUACAAUUAUUACAACGAAUUACUGCCUUACGGAAGUGCUGACACACAAAAUAUGCUCCCUGAAGUUGAUGAAGGAAAUGGAAUCAGUGACCUUGUUAACACACUGAUGGAUGAAUGGCUGACUAGAACUGUAUUGACAGGAGACAGAGACGCUGAGACCAUGUUGAGUGAGAUCUGGGACAGUGUUUCACAAGAUGACAACCCUGAUGAUCUUGGACAAAUGAGAGAUAUAUUAGUUGACAUAUUCACUAGCGAAAUCAUCGAGGGACUGACAUCAGAUGUCCAAGGAGAAUUGCCGUACUAUGCUGACUUGUUGACAAAUGAAACAGAAGACCAACAAAUGAAAGGUGCAGACACAAAUGAAAGUACUGAAGAAAAACAAAAUGGCGAGGAUAAUAAAACAGAAAACUCGAAGGAAGAAACAGAAGACAUAGAUGUCAACAAGGCAGAAUUGAAACCGGAGGAAGACUUGAAACACUUAAAGAUGUAAACUUCUGCCAAUAUCUGUGGGGCCAUUUUUUAACAAGCUUGUUACAAGCAUUUCAUUUUCGAUUAUCGAGUGCUGCCUACAGUAUCUGAAGUAAAUUUCGUUAAUACAUUGGAUAUUUAUAUUGGCCUUUGGCAGCUCAUAAUAUGGGAAAACUGAUUGUGACAACACAAUUAAAUUUAAGUAACGAAAAUAACAGAACUCUCCGUGUUUGAUUUUAUUUAUUAUAUUUUGUUAAUAUUGAUCCAAGCGAUAGGCAGUUUUCGAGUUUCUGUUGCUCCUUAAAUAUGCGCUUUUAUGGCGUCAUUCAGAUAUUCUGUUACCUAGGAAUGGCUUAUUUGAAUUUGAAUUUGAUUUGCAUAAUCAUUAUAUGAUUAUAAAUUUUUAAAGGUAUAUAUGCUGUAUGAUACAAUAUUUAUUCAAAAUGACACCAAUUAUGAAGAUUCAAUAAGUCCAAAUGUCCAAAACAAAUUGACGUCCAUUCAAUCCAGAAAGCUAACAGAACUGCAGAAAACUCGAAAAGUGCUCAUUAUUUCAUAAUAUUAUAGCGUAGAUUUUACUCUUGCAAACAUCAGUGUUAAAUAAAAGUUCCUCUACGUUGAAUCAACAUAGAGAUUACUAUUUCCUACAUGUUUGGAAGGAAAAUCAUUCUGUUAAGAAUGCGAAAAUUACAACAGAAUUUGUUCAUAUUAAAUGAACAUUCUGUCGGUUGUCUUUAUGUGUAUUUGCAAUUCCACGUAACACACAUAGUGUUUUUACUAUGUACAGUGUAUGUCAUGUCCUUGUCGAUUGUCUCGAUUUUAUAUACUGAUCUAAAUUCCCUGUUCAUGAAUUAAGAAAUUAAUAAGAAACUAAGAUUCCUUCAGGCAAAGUUGCCCUUACAUAAAUUUGGCUAUUCUGUUUACGUCCUUUUAGGUCAUAAUUCGCCCUUUCAGAAUCUAAUGCAUUCAGGGUAAUAUUUUUAAAAGCGUACACAAAAACGUUUGGGAUUGGCUUAAAAACGUUCGAAACAAUGGCAAUUGAACCAAUUUAGAUUCUGAAAAAGCGAGUUAUUAUCUCAUAACUUUGCUGUGUAUUUACGUAAACCUCCCUGGCUUUGACAUGUUUUGGUUUGAGCGUUUCUAAUGAAGGUAAGAAAGGCGCUUCAGAGGCGUUUCAGAGGCGCAAAAUUUAUAAAGUGUUUAUUUCACUUUUAAUUUUUCAUCUGAUGAAAAAUAUUUUUUUCUUACGUGUUUUAAUGUGCUGCAAUCCACAUGGUCAUCUAUGGAUAAGUGAGUGCUAUCUAUUAUAUGAUUGUUAUUCUAUUGCCUAAUCUAUGCUGCUUCUUAGAUAAAGAAUACAUGUGUAUAUGAUUUCAAAAUCAGCCGGGUAAUGGAGAGCAAUAUUCAAUUAUAUUAUCUUAUACCGACCUGAUAUGAUUUUACCAAGAGCACUUAAAGUCGUAAGCUUUAUGAUACUGAUUCACAUUACUUUAGACUGUAUUAUUUCUACAGUAAUGUUAUAUUGUCUGAUUUGUUUAUUAUUUUGCUGACCUAGGUAACCAUUUGAAAAUUACCUCCCUCUAGUAAAGAAAAUAGUAAAAUAGAAGAGUUUACAUAAAAAAUAAAAUGAGAGUCCAAAAUAAAAUAGUCUGUUUGUUGCGUUUCACUUAAAACUUUUUUUUUAUUAUUAUUAUGAAAAUGCAAAAAGAAGACUUAAAUAACACACUGUUAUUAUUUGACUAAGAACAUUUAUCUAACUUUGAUUUUUGGUUGUAAAUUACUAUGAAAAACAAUUUUCAAUUUUAUGUUACCUUUGUGGAAUCGAAAAAAAACAUUGCAUAUAUCUGUUAUGAAAAUCUAUGUGCUUAUGCUAUUAAUAUUUAAAAUAUCCCUCUUUAAACAUAAUUAUCGGGAUUUUUCUGAUUUUUGUUUUUGAAUUUUUUUAUUUGGUACCUAAUAAUUCGUGGAUUGUUUGUCCUCCACACAUAAUGUUUAAAAAUAAAACAUUAUGAAACUCAGUAUAUUUUGUUUGAAUGUGUUGAGUGGCUGUGUUAUAUACACAUGACCAGCAAAGAUGUAUAUAUGAGGGUCUGGAUGGGGUGUUCUUAAAAAAGAAUUUAAAAAAGAUAACAAUAGAUAAUUAUGUAGUGCUAAAUCAUAAUGAAUAAGAAAUAACGAAAAAAAAUCCAGAAUAUAGAAAAAUAGCCUAAAAGUAGAGAACACAGAAAUGAAGACCUCCCCCAAAUAUCAGACCCUCAAACACUCAAAUAUUUGUACGUGUUUCUACAAACUUCGUAAGUUCUAUGAAUAUUCGUAUCCUUUUUCCUUCUUCAUUUUGUUUGUUGUUCAUUCAUAAAAAGAAGACAAUUGUAUGGUUAGUACUGGUGUAGAAGGAAUAGAUUUGGGGAUGUUUUUUUAACAUUCAUGACUAGUUUCUAGUUGAAUUUGUACAAUUUAAACUUAUUUGUAACUGAUUUGUCAAUUUAUUAAAACAAAAGUUUUUCCUACUAGUUAGGCAGGAAUGCGUUAAACACUUAAGUAUUUAGUUCAUCAAUGAGCAACUUACUAUGUCACGUGUCAUGUUUGUCUUUCAAACAAACAAAAUGGCGUAGGAUGACUUUUGACAUUUGGGGUAUCAAAGAAAACACGGGAUUUCUAGUACAACUUGAGAAAUUUUCUUAUCUGUAUAUCUGCAGUCCGAUAACAGUAUUUUGCAUAAAUGACAAUUUUCGCUGGUCGAAGUUUUUGUUUGGCUAUGUGCUUUUGAUAAAACACUAUUAAAAGUUUUCGUUUGUGUAGGUCAAGAUAAUCGUGCAUAAUGGUAAGUAGAAAUAUGUUAAUCCUAUGAACAUCUUUGUUACAUUAUUACAGAAAAUAUCUUAAAGCAACGAUUUGGAUUAGUUUUAUUUGGAUUGAAAUUGUUUUCUUUCUACAAUCUUACUAAUUCUGUACAAUGAUGUCGGAAAGUAAUGCAAAUUCAUAAUUAUCUUAUUACAUCAGAUAAAAUCGCAUAAAAUAGCAACAAUAAGGUUCCAACGCCAUUAGGCAAAGUUGAAUUUAGACAAUUCGGCUAUUUUAGUUCGUUUUGGUCAUAUAGUUUUUUAUGAGUCUAAAACUUCAUGGGCUUUCAAAUAUUUUGGUGUGAGCGUUCCCGAGGAAGGGAAUCAAGAGAAGCGCUUCGGACGCACGAAAUUAGUUAAUUGUUUUGGUUGCUUUUUUUUUCUUUAACAUGACAAAAAAGAUUGCAAUCUGUUAUAGUUGAUGAUAUACUUUAUGUGAUUUGUAUUGAAAUUUAUUUUUUUCCAUUUUUCUGUAAGAAAAGUACGAAAAAUAACUGUCCAUUCUAUUACUCGUUGCAUAGUCUGUAUAAUAAGAGUGUUUUUUACUGCAUGAUUUCCUUUAGACUAUACCCGGGUGUUCAUUCAAAGUACAGAUACACUUAAUUUACAUUCUAAAACUAUUAUUAUUUAAUAAAAAAGCAUAUGUUAAGAUUUGAAUAUGUUAGACUAUUUCAUUGUGUUUACAAAUAUCUUUAUUCUACUCACAUUUUAUUGAUAUAUGUUGUGUCUAGAGCUUGCAGAAAAAUCUUUCAAUAUGUUCCGAUCUCGAGGUCCUCGUGUAGUUUCAUAGGGAAAAAAAGCUUGUUUUUAACAUUUUUUUAUCACAUUUCAAAAUAGUUCAUUUUCAUUCUAUUACGUCAAAGCAGGCCUCAUUUUGUAAAUCACAUUAGUUAGUGAGUACAAACAAAAUUGUUCAUGAAGUGACAAAAAUACAUGUUAUACAAUAUAAAAUUUACAUUAUGACAAUUUCGAUUCAGAAACAAGCAACAUUAUAAUAUUAUUGGUCGUUAGAUAACAAAUAACAUUAUAAUACUAUCGAUCUUUAGAUUACAAAUAACAUUAUACUAUUAUCGAUCUUUAGAUGACAAGCAACGUUUUACUGUUAUCGGUAUUCAAAACACAAUCAACGUUAUACUGUUACAUUCUGUAGAUAACAAACAACACCAAACUGUUAUCGGUAAUUAGAUAACAAUUAAGCAACAUAAUACUGUUAUCGGAAUGUAGAUAAACAUAAAACUAUUGUGAUGUGUAUAUAUUCUAAAGUUGUUAUUUUUAUAUGUUGAAUGAAAGAUAUAUGAGAGAAGUUAUUGUUAAAUAAAGUUAAUAAAACAUUA